AUGGAGAGGGACAUUAAAAUGUUAGGACUCGAGGACCGCCUAAUCCUCGAAAUCUUACGUAAGGAUCAUCCUGAGGUGUUCCUCAACAUCAAAAAUGAGGUCGCGACUCGCGCGGCCUCUACGUCCCUCUCGUCCCUCCCGUCGCACGCGGCUUCACCGUGCGUCGACGUAACCGUCCCAGAAACGGCGACACCUAGGUCGCCGAGUCCCCGGUCGCGUGCAGCCUCCGACGCCGCGACAAUUCGGAACGCCGUCUGCGUUCCUCCAUCUCCGCUCUCCGCCGAGCAUUCGGACUCGCCAAUGUCCGAGUGCAUCUCUUCAUCGUCUGAUUCGGACGAGUCUUUCAAGACCGUAACCGGUAAGCGAAAGAAGAAGCGCUCCGCCCCUCAGGCCCCUCAGGCCUCUCCGCCCGCGAAGCGCACUCCAGCGCCCGUCGCGCCUCAACCCCUUAUGUCGCUCGUUAUCGAGCCCCCGUCCCCUUCGGUGGAGCCUCCGACUCCAUCCGUCGCGCCCCAGCGGGGCCCCAAGUCCCCGCCUCCUGUCGUUCCUGAAGAUAAUCUUUAUCUCCAUCCUUUGAAGACACUGACGGCUGCAGAGCGAUUUUCUUUCACCUCACACUGCCAACAGCAACGAGCUCUUUCGAUUUCCCGGACGAGAACUGUAAUUAAGAUAUGUGAAUAA